CAGUGUCACAGUGGACGAGUCUGUAAGAGAUGUGAAACAGAAUUUGUUUCAAAUCAGAAGACCAUGUCAUCUCAUCUCAGUGGAUUCUCUUCAUUAAUGAGAAGUUGAUCUUUAACCUCCAAAUACCAUAAGAGGCUCAGCAAUCAUUCUUUGAAUGCUAGCCUCCUCUCAUUCUCACAUGGAGAUCCAAGGCAGGAGGCGAACCGUGCGCCCAAAAGGUCCCCCUGAUGGAGGAUAUGGCUGGUUUAUUGUGCUCUCCACCUUCCUUGUCUUUGGGCUAACAUUUGGUGUGAUCAAAUCCUUUGGUGUGUUCUUCGUAGAGAUCCAACACUACUUUGCUACCACGGCGACUGCUAGCUCAUGGAUCACAUCCAUUACUGUGGCAACUAUACAUUUUGGAGCCCCCGUAGGCUCUGCGUUGAGCGCAUACUUCAGUCCCCGGCGCGUGGUGAUAGUGGGUGGUCUGCUGAGCAGCGUUGGGAUGGUGGCAGGGUCACAUGCCCAGAAUCUGCUACAGCUGUACAUCACUGUGGGGUUUCUUACAGGAUUUGGCUAUGCCCUGACCUGGACCCCAACUGUCACCAUGCUGGGCUGGUACUUUGAAAAGCGCAGGCCUGUGGCCAACGCUCUAGCCAGCGCAGGAGAAUGCAUUCUGACCUUCAUCCUAAAUCCAUCAUUCCAGUUCCUUAUUGACCAGUAUUCAUGGAGGGGAGCGAUGCUGAUCCUGGGAGCUCUACAGCUCAACCUUUGUUUGUGUGGAGCUCUACUGAGACCACUGGACAGCUACGAUCCUCCUAAAGAGCUCAAGGGAGAGGAGAAAGACCUUGAGAUGCAAUUUACAAAUGACAGACCAGAGUCAAAACAACACCUAAAGACAAAGAUCAUCCGUUACGUGGACUACACCCUCAUUGCUAAUGUUCGGUUCAUGGUCUACUCAAUGUUUGGUGUCUUUGCCGCUCUUGGCUUCUUUGCUCCAUCGCUGUUCCUGGUACCUUAUGCCCGUAGCAAGGGAGUCGAGGAGUACCAAGCGGCAGCCCUCAUGUCCAUCUCUGCCGCCCUGGACCUCUUGGGUCGGUUGCUGUUUGGGUGGGUGGCUAAUCUGCAUUUGGUGGAGACGAUACAUCAGUUGUUGGUCACUGUGUUGAUGCUGGGCAUUGUUCUGCUGCUCUGCCCGCUAGCGGCCACCUUCACCCACCUAGCACUCUUCAGUGCUGGCUAUGGAUUGGUGUUCGGAGCAACCGUUUCCAUUCACAUCACCGUACUUGCAGAAGUAGUUGGGGUGGAAAAGUUGGGAAGUGCUUUGGGUUUCUUCAUGCUCAUCCGUAGCAGUGGUGGCCUACUUGGACCUCCGUUGGCAGGAAUUUUCAUUGAUGAAAUGAAUGACUAUAGCGCUGGAUUCCUAAUGGCGGGAGUGGCUCUUAUCGUCUCCGCCCUCUUUCUGCUUCUGCUGCAUCACAUGAACAGGAAAGGGAAGAAUAAGGAAAGUGACAUUCCCUUGGAGAACAAGACUGAGAAAGUGGAAAAAUGCAAUUCUGAAUAUAAAAAGCAAGAGGAGUUGUUGAAGCAAGGGGUGUAAAGAUCUUGUACUAUGUACUGUAAUUGGGGUAGUCAGAUUUUUUCUGACAAACUUUUUAAAUUCUCUUUUGUCCAAUAUGAUGCAUGCAUGCUCCAGCACACACGUUGUCAUGAUAAUGGUAUCAUUAGAAAGUCCAUUGACAAUCUGUCCAUCAACUCUCACUCUUGAUGACUUUGAGUGAGUAGAGCGUUCUCACAUGAAUGAACCUUUUGAUGGAUUAUGGGAAGUCUUCUCAAUGUGGCUUUAUAAUGAUGGCAUUGCAAUGCAAUCAUAUUUCAACAGAUCUAUCGCUGCGGUAAGUCAAGAAAGGGACAGUGCCCUAAUGGAUUAAUGGAAGCUGACUCAGGGUUUAACCGCUGCCAAAGAUGAUGCAUUCAAUCACAGUAGCUGCUGAUAUUACUUAUCUACAGCACCAUUAUGAAACUGCAGCCAUUUUAUAAUGUCUUUUGGUUUUUCUAAAUCUAAAAUUGCACAAAAUCAAAUCUAAUUUGUUUUUGAGAUGUGUUUUGGAUAAACGUCCUAGCCGUGGGUCCUGAGGUCAAAAUAUCACUAACUACAGAAAACAUUCUCAAUGAUCUCCAUCUACUGGUGAGAACAGGGCAAUGCAGGUUGGAUGACUAAAGCGAUUAUGAGCAGAGCUGGAAACUGGGGGAAACGGGCAGAGUCCAAGGAAUGAAUUUAAUAAUUUAUUUUAUCUCUGAUAUUUCCUCUAAAGGCUAUGCACAUUUCACACAUAAAUAUAAUGGAACACAAAAUAUAUGCCCCAUUUGAGUAUUCUCAGUGAAUCUAUGCCAUUUCCACCACUAGUUAUAAGUCAUUUUUUGUAAGUGAAGAAAAAAAUCAAAUGCAUAAAAUAAGAAAUGCGUAUAUUACACUAUACAUUUUGUAAAACAUCAGACUUUUUUUAAAUAACAUCCAUCAAAUAUAAACAUGUCUCCUCAGCAUUACGUAUUUACCACAUCUUCCUAAAACAGACAGCCACAUGAUUUUAUAAAGAUAAUGAGAUGAUUUUUUUGAGAUAGCAAAACGUUCAUAUGUUCAUCGUUCCCUUUCAUACUGUGUGAUGUGAAUUUUCAAAGAUAAAUCUAUCUAGGAUAUCAAAGCAUAUUUCUGAUCCAGCCUUCUCUGGAAGCAAUAUCUCCUCCCAACAUCUGCACUUUGAUGUUGUUGUAUGCAUUCUGGUCUGGAUCCUGCUAGAGACGUGACUUUCCAUAUUGGAAGUAACUAAAAAAAAUAUAAACAUGCAUGUUACUUCCAAUAAAUCUAAAAAAGCAAAUUCCACAAGACAAAGAGAGCUUCUUUGUAAACAUAAUAAAUGAAUCUCCUGCUUGUCUUUUCCAUAUGCAUUCGACAACAAAACACAAACACUAAAACACAUGUGCAUGUAGUGUAAUAUCAUCAAAAGAGGAGAUUGCCUUUUAAGAAAUCAAAGCUUCAAUCUGUCUGUUCCCCUAUUUCCGUCCUCCAGAAUCACAACAUGGGGACAACACAGCUUCAAUACCUAAUCUGAAAUAUCAGGAUAAUGGGUUGACUACUGAGGGACUGUCUGACAUAACAUGAUAGUUUUCAGAUGGUUUUGGAUUAUUGUAAGGUCUGUCUUUUAUAUGAGUGAAAUACAUGUUUUUGCUACAUAAAUAAAAUGAUAUAGGUAUGCUUUUA